CCUGGCAUCCAUUUAAUCUCUCUCUCUUUUUUUUUUUAAGAUUUUAUUCAUUUAUUUGACAGAAAAAUAGACAGUGAGAGAGGGAACACAAGAAGGGGGAGUGGGAAAGGGAGAAGCCAGCUUCCCGCGGAGCAGGGAGCCCGAUGUGGGGCUCGAUCCCAGGACCCUGGGAUCAUGACCUGAGCCGAAGGCAGACGCUUAACAACUGAGCCACCCAGGCGCCCCCAUUUAAUCUCUCUUAAUCCCUUUCUCCUCUCCCUCUCUCUCCCUCUCCCCCUCUUUCCCAGUUUCCCUUUCCUUCACUCCUUCUCUCCCUCUCUUUCUCCCUGUCCCUCCCCCUCUCUCUCCCUCUCUCUCCUGUCCUGUCUCUCUCUCUGCUUCUCUCUCUGGUUUUUGGUCUUAUAACGCUUCCUUAUUAGCAUCAUUGAUUUCAUCCAAAAAACCAGACAUACAGUCAGAAUCUCUGCUGAGGGCCCUGCUGAGAAAGCUGGGUGGCGACAGUGCACACACAAGCCUGAGUUUUCAGGUCUCUCACAUCUCCGUGCCUAAUUCCACAUAGUUUGCGCCCAGUGAAGUGAGUAGACAGAGCCUGGGUCCUCCGAGCCCAGCUCCUGAAGGAAAUGCAGACACUCGCUCCCACUCCCUCCCGAUGCUGUGCCUGAGGCGCCUGGGUGGCCUGAGGGGCAGGGGCUCCCCAUGCUAACCUCCAGCUUGUGCCCCCAGCAAGCGGACUUCCAGAUCUACUCAGAGUACUGCAACAACCACCCCAAUGCCUGUGUGGAGCUGUCGCGGCUCGCCAAGCUCAGCAAGUACGUGUACUUCUUUGAGGCCUGCCGGCUGCUACAGAAGAUGAUCGACAUCUCGCUGGACGGCUUCCUGCUGACCCCCGUGCAGAAGAUCUGCAAGUACCCUCUGCAGCUGGCCGAGCUGCUCAAGUACACACACCCCCAGCACAGGGAUUUCAAGGACGUGGAAGCAGCCCUACAUGCCAUGAAGAACGUGGCCCGGCUCAUCAAUGAACGGAAACGGAGGCUUGAAAACAUCGACAAGAUUGCUCAGUGGCAGAGCUCCAUAGAGGACUGGGAGGGGGAAGAUCUCCUGGUCAGGAGCUCAGAACUCAUCUAUUCCGGGGAGCUGACUCGUGUUACACAGCCACAAGCCAAGAGCCAGCAGAGGAUGUUUUUUCUCUUUGACCACCAGCUCAUCUACUGCAAGAAGGAUCUUCUCCGCCGGGAUGUGCUGUACUAUAAGGGCCGAGUGGAUAUGGAUGGACUGGAGGUGGUGGAUCUAGAGGAUGGAAAAGACAGAGACCUCCACAUGAGUGUCAAGAAUGCCUUCCGGCUGCUCUGCGGCACCACGGGAGAGAGUCACCUGCUGUGUGCCAGGAAGCCUGAGCAGAAACAGCGCUGGCUCAAGGCCUUCGCCAGAGAGAGGGAGCAGGUGCGGCUGGACCAGGAGACAGGCUUCUCCAUCACCGAGCUGCAGAGGAAGCAGGCCAUGCUGAAUGCCAGCAAGCAGCAGGCCACUGGGAAGCCCAAAGCCCUCAGCCGGCCCUACUACCUGGCACGCCAGAAGCACCCGGCUCUGCCCGCCAGCCUGCCCCAGCAACAGGUCUUGGUACUGGCAGAGCCCAAGCGAAAGCCGUCCACCUUCUGGCACAGCAUUAGCCGGCUGGCACCCUUCCGCAAGUGAGCCAGCUCCCCAUCCGACAGCACUGUCUGGACCUGCCCCGCCAGUGGGCCUCCACAGCUUUUUCUCCCCGAGGCCCACCGCAUGUGGCCUCCUCUGCUGGUCACGCACACUGGAAGUUACGGACUGAGCGAGGGAGCUGCUCGGCGCCCCAUUCGUGGAUUCUCCCCCACUACUGGUGCACUGAAGACACCAGCUGAAGGGGCAGGGGCCCACAGCGGUGAGCCUCCCACCACCCUCUGGACCUCUAUGGGGCCUCCUGGGAGCUACAGCUCAGAGCCAGCGGCCAGGCCAGUGUAGAAAACUGGCUGCUCUGAACCCUCUUCUCUGGACAUCUGAUCGUCCCUCCUCCUGUUUCCUCUGGGCAGGGGACCAUCUGCCUUUAGCCCCUGCAAAGUUGGGCUCUGUGCCCCCUGCCCUCCAAUUGUCCCUCAGGCCCACAGUCCCCAGCUGGUGGUGCCAGGCAACUUGCAUCCCUGGAGGGUGGGAACCAGAAUUCUCUGCACAAAAAUGUCUGGCCCAGAGCCAACUCAUUUUUGCCUCCCAGCCCGUCUAGGCACUCCUGGCUGCUGGACACCCUUCCUCACUUGUGAUGUGUUUAUAGUGGAAAGAAAACAAAACCAUAGUCACUGCAUACUUCCGCCAGGGUUUGUGACCAGUCCACGUGUAGUUGUGGGUUGACUCCAGAACCUGGUCCCGGUUUUUUUGUUUGGAUUGUGCUGUUUUUCUAACAAUGGGGAAAAAGAAUUGUUAUCAGUGACACAGAAAGAUUGCCUUACCCUAAGUGAGCAUGAAAAGCCAUAAGGACUGAAUUCUGUGGCCCAGCAUCCAGGACUGACCCACCAACCCAGAGGCCGGUGGACAUGUGAGUUAGAGGGAAGCCCACGUCCCGCUGAGAAGGGUUCCCCAUGAGUACAGCCAGGACCUGGCCUGUGGGUGUGGAACACUGAGCUGCCCCUCUGGCCCAUGGGAAUUCAGCAGCAUGUACAGUCAGUCACUCUUGCACUAUACCUUCUCCAAGCCAGA